AUGGAGGACGAUCUCUUUCCAGUCGGCUCUCGCGUCUUUUUCCUCGAAGGCGGAAAGCCACAGUUCGGAAACGUCAAGAGUGUGGAGAGGACAGAGGGGCUCGACUAUGUCGUUAUCGUGCGAGAGGGCAAGAAAGAAGAAGUGGUGAAGCUACCCUCCCACAGUGUGCACGGCGUCACCAAGGCCAGGUGA